UCUUAAACCGGUGGGUUUGCUUUGCAACGCGGUUUAGUGUUUACUUCGAAAUGCGUUCGACUUCUCGUCUUCCCUCAGGAUCAAGAACCCCAAAUCUCUGUCUCUCUCUCUCUACAAGAACACAGAAGAUCACGAUGUGGGUGGAGAUCAUCUGCGGUUUGGUAAUAUACAAACUGAUUCGACGGUUUUUCUCCGAUGAUGAUUUCUCCGACGUCGAGACCUCCGAUUCCACAGCUCUCUUUUCCGUUGCUCACAGACUCGAGAAGCUUUAUGGUGGGAAAGCUUACGUGGGUCUUCGAGUUCCCGAUGCCGACACUGUCUCCAGACAAGACAUUGAUAUAGUCCUCGUAACUAAAGGGGAAGCUGUGGUGAUCUCUGUCAAGAAUCUCUCUGGGUUUGUGUCCGUCAGGAGCGAUGGAAGCUGGGUUUGCGAAGGUGGCAAAAGCCACAGAACUGAAACUUAUCCUGAUCCAGUUGCAGAAGUCAAGAAACAAGCUUCAGUUCUUGAAUCAUAUCUGGAGCAGAGAGGAGUUUCUUUGCUAGAAGGAAAUCUGUCCUGUAAAGUUGUUAUCCCAAAUCCAAAUUUUCGUACUAUUCAUGCCUUUCCAUCUGAGGUAAUAACCUACGAGGAGUGGACACAUCUGAAACCAGUUUCGAGAGGUGCAUUUUCCAGUUGGGUUAAGGGUGCGUUCAGAACUGGAAAGGAGAUGCAGGAAUCGUUGCAACAAAAACUCAAUUUCGUCCUUGGCACAGCGCCCAUGUGGGAUAGGUUGGAACUUAAAAGCAACAAAAUUGUCUUAGGAGAAUUCCUCGAGUUUAAAGGGAAGAGUGAAGACACCUUGGCUUUGGGAAACAUUAAAAGAUCCAAAGUCGAUCGUGUAUCUAUCCAGAAGACGAGCAUGUUUGGAUUAGCUCCAACGAAGCUCCAGGUUCUGUACUCGUUUAGGGACUACCGAAGCGAAGGCAGUUCAUCCUCAUCAUCGGAAUGGAAGGAAGUGACGGUAAGGUCAAGUACGGAGGUUGUGUUUCAGCUACGAGACACUGCAAAAAUCAAGAAAUUCAAGCUAUCAUCCAUUGUUUCGAUCUCGUUCAGCGCAUAAGAAGCCGACCAACAUGUUCAGUUACGCUGUUUUCAUGUGCAAGAGCUUGAUCCCGUGACUUGGAAAGGUUGUAAUUGUCUCGUAUAUGAAGUCUAACAUCGUCAUUGACGCUUGAUAGCUGGAUGCAAUGAAAUGAGUUGUGAGUUAGUUUUUGUAUGCUUCUCUCCAUUGUUGGCAACUGUAUUCUUCAGCCCUGCUCGAGUCCGAGGCUGAAGGAAGAGGCUUUCGUGCAUCGGAAAAUCCUCUUUUAACGUGCUUAUCUGUUCGACAUCGAUCUCUUUCAUGGAGUUGAACCGUCGUAGUUGGGAGGGUAUGCAUACAUGUUUGUUUGUAUGUACGUACGUACUUAAGGUUGGAUGUGAAAGACGCAUAUUGAUCAUUUUUGCCAA